GCACUUUUUUUGGUGAGGGUCUUCAGGUCGUACGACUUGCGACGACGGCUCUCGCCACUGUUAGAGAAACAGUCUAGUUUGCGAUUUCGAAUCGUGUCCUCUUUUCCACGGUCAACCGCUUCGAAAUUCGUUCUCGCUUUAGCACCGGAUGCGAAUUGGAUUUCGAAUGGGGUCUUGCCGGCCUCCUUCUUCUCCCAUCCUCGCCAUCCUCUCCUCUCAUCCGCAAUGUCCGAUCCCUCACAGAACACCAUCCAGCGUGCAGUCUCGAACGGCGGUGCUUUCCCCAUUCCCUGGGGCAGUGCUUUCCCGAAGAGAGUCUCUCUCCUCUCCUCUUUUGACUCAUCUCUGGCCGUCAAUGGCAAUCCCUUCUCUGUGCAAUCCCCAUUCGUCGCGAGAAAUCCCUUCAUAGCCAACGAUGAGACAGAAUUCGUGCUCGAUUGCAGCGGCCGUACUGCAGGCAGCGGCGCGUUCAGAGAGGUCGUUACCUCCGGCUCCAAGUCGACGACGGAGCACCUGAGUGUUGGCAUGGGCAUCACUGUCGGUUGCUCGUUCCUGAGUGCUUCCGUCAGUGGGAGCUAUGAUCGCACGGUGACGGGCAACAGUGAUUACCAUAAGAAAAGCCAGCACAGCCACUACCGUGGUCCCUUGAUCAACUGCGCGAAGCUGCCGGACUUCACCGACGAUGCGCGUGCAUUACUCCAGGAAAACCCCAAGGAGUUCCGGCGGCGCUACGGCGAUUACUUCGUAAAAGCUGUACAGCUGGGCGGAGAGAGUGCACUGAUGGUCUCGCAGUCGGCGAGCACCACGACCACAGUCGAUGCAUACUCUGUAACCGUAACGGUCAAGAUCCUCUUCAUCAAAGCGAAAAAGACGUGGUCGGGGCAAUUCAUCUCCUCGCUCUCCGACCGCACACUGUCGUUGACCUGCUUCGACACGGUAACGUCCUCACACGUCUCACACGCCGUGAACGCGCAGUCGCCAGAGUGGGUGAUCGCGGACCUUGCCGCUAUGCUCGAGGAGUACGAUGACUAUGCGAGUAACCUGCAGGGCCGCGUGACCGAUAGGCUGGAUCAACUCCUGGGUAAGGGCUGGAAGGAGGGGAUGCCGAUUAGUGAGGCCGCGGUGGGGGAGUUGGUCAAGAGUGGUUUAGUCGUGGAGUUGGUGCUGGCGCCGUAUGAGACCGUUAGGGACUUUGUGGAGUAUAAACCGAGGCCGGUCGAGUCGGAGGUGGCAUUGUCGCUGGUUCUGCCGGCGGAGUAGGAUCGGUGCUUAGAGUGUAU